UAAGGGGUCCGGUGGCACGUUUCACUUUGAAAUUGGAGAGACAUAAUUCCGGGGUCUGCUGUGAGUAUAACCCUCCUCAUACGGAAAUAUUGACCAUACUUUUGGCACGGAACGCGACGGGAAAGACACGCGCUAGAAUCUUGCAGCGUGGGGGUUAGAUGGUCUAUUCAAUCAGAUAUCUCUUGACGGUUCCGGUUCCGGAUAACUGAUAUUCAUGACGAUCGUGGGUGCGUGUGAAUUGAGUUUCGAACGCGUAUAUAAUCUAUGUCUCUCUUGGUUUAUCCGCCAUCUUACAAUUUCGCUCUUUCACUCUGCCUGCGAUCGCUCCGAUUAUGGCUAUCAUUGUUCCUAACGUCAAUCCCACGACCAUUGAGGACUGGGCAUGCUCAGCAGAACUCACAAACUCGUUCUUGCUCAAUGAGGACCAAGCGCUGCGGGCCGCUCUUAAGAACGCAGAAGAUAAGGGGUUGCCGCAUGAGAUAGCGGUACCCGCAGAGCAAGGAAAGCUCCUGCAGCUCCUCGCCACAUCAAUACGAGCGAAGAGAAUACUGGAAAUUGGUACACUUGGCGGUUAUUCAGCGAUAUGGCUAGCCCGCGCAUUACCUGAGGACGGUGAACUCGUUACUCUUGAGCUAAACGAGAGAUAUGCGCAGGUGGCUCGUGAGAACAUAGCAAUUGCCGGGCUAUCAUCUAAAGUCAAUGUCGUUGUGGGUCCCGCCAGAGCAACGCUUGCCAAAAUGAAGUCCGAGCAUCCGUUUGAUUUUAUUUUCAUCGAUGCGGACAAGGCGUCGAACACUGAUUACUUCAAGCACGCAAAGCGACUGGUACGGAGAGGUGGUACUAUCAUUGUUGACAACAUGAUGCUAGUUGGUCUCGUGGCUGAUCCGACAUAUACGGACGACAACGUCGAGGGCGUUAGGGCACUUCUGAAGGAGCUCAAAAAUGAUCCUGAUGUCGAUUGUACUGCCGUUGGGACUGCAUGCUAUAAAGGAUUUGAUGGGUUUCUCUAUGCCGUCAGAAAAUAGGCUGCACAUUUAUCGGACAUGGAUGUGGACUCGGAGAUCAAUGGCGCUUUACUAAUAAUUUUACUCUCAUCUACCAUCAUGAUUUCUACAAUGAUUUUUAGGAUUUCCAGGGAUGGUGUCGUUUCU